CUCGGCUCAAAGACAUGUUUACUUACGCUCGUCCAUCGUAAAGCUGGAGACAGAGCGCCAUCAAGGGCCAUGGGAAGUCUUACUGGCUUCACGUACUGGUUCCUGUGAAGGUUUUUGGGACUGCUCCACCUACCCGCAUGCAGACUGAGGGUGGGACCUGCACGGGCUUAAAACACAGGCUUAAGUGCGCAUGCAUAAGCAUUAAUGAAACUCUACCGCCGCUGCAAAAAACACGUGACUACUUCAUUAUUUGGGCUUCAUCAUACGUGCUAAAGAGCUCGCUAGGACUGUUCAAGGAAUAAAGAAGAAACUGGAAUUCCCUAUCACUAAGACCAUCGUCACCUCUGCCUCUGCCAUCACACAUGCAACCUCCCAGCUGCCUACAAGGACUGCAGGUAUGACAGGCAUCCAGCUAAUCAGAUGCCCACAGAGCACAGCCUUCAUCACGCCGAGCUCCAUGGCUCCUCUCCCCCGAUCAGGCUCCACUCCUGCUGGACCUCCCCGUGCCCUCUGGCCCCCACUGGACUUCACCCUGGGGGCUCUGGCCUGCUGUGGGGCCUGCGUUGUCACCAACCCCCUGGAGGUGGUCAAGACCCGCCUGCAGCUACAGGGAGAGUUGCGAGCUCGGGGCUCCUAUCAGCGGCACUACCGUGGCGUCCUGCAGGCCCUCUGGUUGGUGGGCCGCACUGAUGGCCUCCGCGGCCUCCAGAAGGGUCUUGCAGCCGGCCUGCUCUACCAGGCCCUGAUGAACGGGCUCCGGCUUGGGGUCUACUCCUACACCGAGGCCGCAGGCCUAACCACAGCCCUGGGGGGUAGUCUGAUAGCGGGUGCUGCCGCGGGUGCGCUGGGAGCCUUCUUUGCCUCUCCUGCAUAUCUGGUAAAAACACACCUGCAGGCUCAGAGUGUGGCAGCCAUCGCUGUGGGUCAUCAGCACAACCACCAGGGCGUCUCCAGUGCCUUUGUCGCCAUCUACAGGCGAGAGGGUGUAAUUGGGCUGUGGAGGGGUGUUAACGGGGCGGUGCCCAGGGUCAUGGUGGGGUCAGCGGCGCAGCUGGCCACCUUCAGCUCAGCAAAAGAGUGGGUCGCAGGUGGACAGUGGUUCAGUCCUAACAGCUGGAUGAUCGCUUUGACAGCUGCCAUUAUCAGCGGGGUUGCUGUGGCCAUCACCAUGACACCAUUUGAUGUCAUCAGCACACGCCUUUACAACCAGCCUGUGGACAAGUUGAAAAGGGGACAUUUCUAUACAGGCUUCCUAGACUGCCUGCUGAAAGUGUGGCGUGUGGAGGGUGUGUUGGGUCUCUAUAAGGGAAUGGGCCCUGUGUUCAUACGCCUGGCACCCCACACUGUUCUCAGCAUGUUCUUGUGGGACAUCAUGAGACAGAAAGCGCUCCAGCAUUGUGUGGCCUGAGGAAGUGCUUCCCCCUUGUGGCCUGCUGCCGAACUGCACACGCCCAAUAUCUUUUUACCGGUGACAAAUAAUCCCUGUUUUUAGGUCUGUUUUGUUGAAUUUUUGAAUCACACAUACAAGCUGUACCUGGUCCAUGGCUGUUCUGGGAAAGUGUCUAGAGAGCUCUAGAAUCAACUUACUCUCCAGUUCGAGGAUUCUGCCUCUGCUGCUCACACUCCUGAGAAGUCUGGAACUCCAAAGAACUUAAAUAUAACAGAGAAUAAAACUGUGUGUGUGUGUGUGUGUGUGUGUGUGUGUGUGUGUGUGUGUGUGUGUGUGUGUGUGUGAGAGAUCACCAAGCACAUUUACUAAUGACAAGCAUAAAGCUUGCGAUAUAAUAUGUAAUAUAAAUAUAAUUUAGUCUUUAGCUUUCUUAGACUUACCUAAAAAGCAUAACUGUUACCUCCAUCUGGAUCCAGUCAGAGCCCAGAGAAGAGGAUUGAAGUAAACUGGGUCUAAUACCGCACGAGAUGCAGUCCAUUUUUUUCUUUACAGUAUCGAAUAGGAACUGAAGGAUCACUAAAAUCUGGAAUGAUUACUCGAAAUAUCCAGAUAGAAUAACAUUGAAAAGGACUUUCAGUAUAAUUGCCUUAGCUGUGUAUAUAAUCACAUUGAUUUGAUUCUCAUUUAAAAUAGUUUAUUAAAUAAUUUUGUACUUGAA